GGUGUAGUUAUUGUUUCUACACGAACACGGACCAUAUUGAGGUCAGUGACGUUGAUGCGAUAACACAACAGUGUAAUGAUAACACGGAUGAUCUACAUAUAGGUACAGACGGAAGAUUAUAUCCUGCAUAAUAACGAAACUAACAGUUAGCAGGGGGCAUACUAAGCGGAAACGAACCGAAAGGAUUUAGAAUUUAUGGCCGAAGUCGGAACCUCAUGACAGGACGCAACGACCGAUAAUCAUGUUCAGUUUCCUUGGACUCCGCAAUAACUCAAAGAAGUCCACAUCCGAAAAGGAAGUAGAUGGAGGCUUUGUUGUCAUUGUCCUCCUGUACAGUUCCAGCUGCGCCCACCAACACAAAGCCCCCUGCCGCUUUCCCUACCAGCGCGCCAGUGGCAGGGCCCCCGGCGGUGGAAGCUGCUUCAACUCUGCCGGAUCUCCUCGGGGACGUGCCCUUCACUCUGGCUCCCCAUGUCCUGGCCAUGCAGGCAGGGCGCCCCCUAUUUCCUGAUGUGCUGCUGUCCCGGGACAUGAACUACAACCUGACUAGUUUCCAGUACGACUUCACCUUAGAGAACUCUGUGCUUCAUAACGCCUAGUGUGUUAAAGUUUUCCAUGAGGAGUUCACACUGGGGCUGAUGGGUUGGUUGUUUAAGAGGUCCUAGGCCUUCUGAACAUGCACAUGUCAUACUGUAGCAUUACGAACAAGUAAAGCUCACAGAAAUGCAUUAGACAAAAAAUAGUUGUAGAACUACGAACCAGAACACUUCUGUAAUUAACUCCCUAUCCAUUUUAUAAUUGUAAUUUAGUCAUAGCAAUGCCAUGACAUCAUGUUGGAAAUAACACAAGGAAGCGUGGACAUUUCACUGGCUGUACAACUGAUGACGGUGA